AUGAAUGCCGCUGUGCGUGCAGUAGUACGCAUGGGAAUCUACGUAAAAGCCAAAGUGUAUUUUGUUUAUGAGGGUUACCAGGGAAUGGUUGAUGGAGGUGAUAAUAUUGUAGAAGUUUCAUGGGAAAGCGUUUCAAGUAUCCUGCAAGUGGGAGGUACAGUUAUCGGUAGCGCGCGCUGCAAGUCGUUCCGUACGCGUGAGGGCCGUCUGCAGGCAGCCUGCAACUUGGUUCAGAGAGGGAUCACCAAUCUCUGUGUGAUUGGCGGAGAUGGCAGCUUAACUGGUGCCAAUCUGUUCCGUGAAGAGUGGAAUGGACUCCUGGAAGAGCUGGCACAGAAUGGAAAGAUUGAUGAAGAGGCUGUUAAGAAAUAUGCUUACCUUAACAUUGUGGGAAUGGUUGGAUCCAUAGACAAUGACUUCUGUGGCACUGAUAUGACCAUAGGUACUGACUCAGCUUUGCACAGAAUAAUUGAAGUGGUGGAUGCCAUCAUGACCACGGCUCAAAGCCAUCAGAGGACAUUCGUUCUGGAGGUUAUGGGGAGACACUGUGGGUAUCUAGCUCUGGUUAGUGCCUUAGCCUGUGGUGCAGAUUGGGUGUUUAUUCCUGAAUACCCACCAGAAGAAGGCUGGGAAGAUUCAAUGUGUGUUAAGCUUUCAGAGAACCGUGCCCGAAAGAAGAGGCUGAAUAUUAUUAUUGUAGCUGAAGGAGCUAUUGAUUGUCACAACAAACCUAUAACAUCAGAGAAGGUUAAGGAUCUUGUGGUUCAGCGGCUUGGUUUUGACACCCGAGUAACUAUCCUGGGUCACGUGCAAAGAGGUGGAACCCCUUCAGCUUUUGACAGAAUUUUGGCAAGUCGUAUGGGUGUGGAAGCUGUGCUUGCCCUUUUAGAAGCUACUCCAGCUACCCCUGCCUGUGUUGUGUCCCUGUCUGGAAACCAGGCUGUCCGUCUGCCUCUGAUGGAGUGUGUGCAGAUGACUCAAGAAGUCCAGAAAGCCAUGGAUGAGGGAAGAUUUCUUGAGGCUGUGAAGCUUCGUGGAAGGAGCUUUGAGAACAACCUGAACACAUACAAAUUGCUGUCGCACAAAAAGCCAGAUGCUGAGCUUCCAAAGACUAAUUUUAAUGUGGCAGUUUUAAAUGUUGGUGCCCCUGCAGCUGGAAUGAAUGCUGCAGUAAGGGCUGCAGUGAGAGUUGGCAUAACUGAAGGCCACAAAAUGUUUGCUGUCAUUGAUGGAUUUGAAGGUUUCUCUAGAGGGAAGAUAAAGGAAAUCAGCUGGGGAGAUGUUGGAGGCUGGACUGGUCAAGGAGGAUCAAUUCUUGGUACCAAACGUACUCUUCCUGCAAAGUAUUUGGAGAAGAUUGCUGACCAGAUGCGCACGAACAACAUAAGCGCCCUUAUGGUUAUUGGUGGAUUUGAGGCCUAUGAAAGUUGUCUGCAGCUCCACGAGGCACGUUCCCGCUUUGAGGAGUUUUGCGUACCUAUCUGUGUGUUACCUGCUACUAUUAGCAACAAUGUGCCAGGCACAGACUUUAGCAUUGGUGCUGACACUGCCUUGAAUGCUAUUGUGGAGACCUGCGACCGCAUCAAGCAGUCGGCCAGUGGUACCAAGCGCCGCGUGUUCAUCAUCGAGACCAUGGGUGGCUAUUGUGGUUACCUGGCCAACAUGGGGGCCCUGGCAGCAGGAGCUGAUGCUGCUUAUAUCUUUGAAGAGCAGUUUGAUAUUCGAGAGCUCCAGGCUAAUGUGGAACACUUGACUGAAAAAAUGAAAACCAGUAUCCAGCGUGGCCUAGUGCUGAGAAAUGAGAACUGCAAUGAGAACUACACAACUGACUUCAUUUAUCAGCUGUAUUCUGAAGAAGGAAAAGGAGUGUUUGACUGUCGAAAAAAUGUGUUGGGCCACAUGCAGCAGGGUGGAGCACCUUCACCGUUUGAUAGAAAUUUUGGGACAAAAAUUUCGGCAAAAGCUAUGCAGUGGAUCUCCAAAAAGCUAAAAGAAACCUACCGAAAAGAAGGAGGAAAAAUAUUUGCCAAUAACGAUGACUCGGUCUGUUUGCUGGGAAUGCGGAGACGUAACCUUGUUUUCCAACCCGUGGCUGAGCUCAAGACUGAAACAGACUUUGUACACAGGAUUCCCAAGGAGCAGUGGUGGCUGAAGCUGCGACCUCUGAUGAAGAUCCUGGCCAAGUACAAGACUAGUUAUGAUGUGUCAGACUCAGGCCAGCUGGAGCAUGUGGCCAUGCACAGCCCAAAGGAAGUAGAGACCGGAGCCAUCUAAACACAUCACGGUUAGAUUAUUGUCAUUAGAUGCACAUUGUGAGUAACAGUGCUUUAGAAUCAUUACAGCUUUGUUUUGUAACCUUUAAAUUAUUGUUCCAGCACUUUAUGUGAAACAAGACAUUCAGCUGUCAUACAGAUUUUGUCCUGUGUGUUAUGUUUGAAAACAAACCCUAGCAUCUAAUGGAAAAGCACCAGUUACCAAUACUGCCCUUUAACAAACAAGUGCAACACUGUUCUAUGCACUCUGUAAGUUACUCAUCUACUGCACUUUGUUUCAGAGUACUUACACCCCAAAAAGAAGUGUAGAUGGCUAGCUUUGUGUUGAUUUACAGGAUGUGCUUAAUAUAUCUGAAGUGAAAUAAAGUACUGUUGCAAUCA